AUGUCAACUUAUAUAAAUCUUCAAGAACAUUAUUCUAACACAUUACAAUGUCCUUGUGCCCAUAUGUCUAUAACUAACAAUGAAUUUAUUAUGUUUCUCAAUGCAACAUAUCAUCCAAUAUGCUCCAGUAAUAAUUUCGUAAAUAAAUGGUUUAAUUAUUUUUUUAUCUAUCAAGAUGGUCGAGCAUGGUGGCUUAACGUAAAUGAUUUUCGUUAUUGGUCUAUCCUAUUCUUUAAUUUUCUGGAAAAAUAUUGUAAACUAGCAAACUCAACCGUCAAUAAUGCCAUUGAACAGUUUAAUUUAGUGUCAUUUGUGUCAUCUGAAGUCAUGUCUCCGAUUCUAUUUAAAACACAGGUGGACAUGACAAUCAAUUUAUUGCAAAAGUCAAUUUUGAUCUUAUUUGCUCGUCAACUACAAAUGUUUCGUGGCGUUAUUCAAGGGAACGGUUUAAUAUCGAGUUUGGAAACUAGUAUGGAAUUUAAGGUAGAUCAAAUUGCUGUCGAUGCUCCUGUAUUUGUUAUACCAAAAACUUACAAUAAUGGAACUUGUUCAUGUGCAACUUCAAGUACCUGUGUAGAAUUGGCAAGUUUCUACAAUGUCACUCAUCACACAGUCUACACUAUUGAAAAUAUUUUCAUUGGAUGUUUUUUAAUUGAAUCAAUUCUUCAUUCAUCACUCUCUUGCUUUUUUUCAAAUUCAUGUAUGACUGAUCUCAUGAAAGCGACGAUCCUUGGGAUUCCAGGUUCCAAUUGGCGACCCAGAAUAAUCGACAUUUCACCACUACAAUUCUCGUCAUCAACUUCAAACUUUAGAAUCAAUGACACAAUCGAAACAAUGGUCUAUCAGUUGUUUAUUGAUUUUUGGUCAAGUGAAAUAUCUUAUGAACGAUAUUAUAAUGCAUGUGCACCAACACAUUGUACUUAUUCGUAUGAAAAACGUUUGGAUGUUCUUUAUGCAGUCACAAUUUUCUUGACUGUUAUCAAUGGACUUUCUCUUGGACUUCGUUUUGUUGUUCCAAUUUUCGUGCGACUAGUAUACAAACUACGAAAUCGUCUUUGCGGUUACUAUGAAUGA